AUGGUGGGCCAAGGAUAUGCCUAUAUAGAAUUCGCACUGGUAGAAGCUUCGUAUACAAUUAUACGGAUCAUUCAGACAUUUCCCGAGCUCAGAUUACCACCUGAAGCAUCUAGUGUUCCACCUAGAGAGGAGAAACAAGCUCUUACAAUUAUAGUGAUGAGUGCCGAAGGAUGCAAGGUUUUGCUAGAUUAG